AAGAGAUACACUUUAUAUGUUUUUAGUACUGUAAAAACAAAUGAAAAUUACAAUUACAUCUUAUAAAUUCCUUUAUUCAGAUAAACCCUUCAAAACUAAAUUUUUCAAUUUAUGUAAAAAUUAAUUAAAUUAGUUCGUAUUAUACUCUCACAUUUCAUUAUGUUACACAUGAACUAAACAAAAAUGACUCGUCCACCAUUAAAUACAUCCAAAAGCGGAAAUGCUAUCGAUGAAAAUCGUAGACCAUCAAAUAGAGCUCUCAAAUUUAAAAAGUCGAUAACUACAGCAAGCCGUAAAUUUAAUUCAACUGUGAAAACUCUAGAUCGUUUAGUAGGAGGAGCAGAUGUUCCCGAAGAAAGCGGAGAUAUAUCGAAACCAUCAGAAGAAACUGUAGAGCAAACUGUUGUAGUGGAAUCAACAUCUAGUGUGAAAACUGAAGAUGGAAAACUUAUUCGUACAGCUGGACCAUGCUGUACUUGUAUGUCACAAGUACCAGGAUCAACCGGAGAUAAGAAGGUGGAUGAAAUGAUCGACUAUGUACAUCAAAAUUUACAAGAAGCGGGUAAAGCACUGGCUACCUUAGGCGAGAACUUUGAGCACGAUUCAAAGGUUGAGCCCUUUAAUGUUCGCUGACAUAUUUGGUCGAAUACAACAAUGGAUUGGUUUGGUUCAAAAUAAAUUGGACAUUUGUAAGAACGAGAUCGAAUCAUUGCGUAAAGAAUUGAUAGCGCGAGCUUGUGAAAUCGACAAUCUGAGGAGAUUAUUGGCAGAAUGCGAGGAACGAGAGGCAAGUUUAUUAAUUAAAAUCUUUACUUCUCUGUAAUUUUUAACAUAAUAAUAUUAUUAUAGAAAUCAGUGGCAACUACUCAAACGGUUGAACCAUCUAGAAUAAAUCUCGGAUCACCUGAAG